AUGGUGUCACAAACUCAAAAGUUGAACGCUUCCACCGGUUUUGCAAGUUUUUUGAAAUCGAAAUGGCGAUCUCGAGACGAAAGACCUUCACGACCACAAACAAUCAACGCAAUGACAGACGUUGAAAGGGACUAUGUACGGCAUAGUGCUUUAAAGCUUGCAUUGGAUGGAGAUUUUCAAGCCCCCAUCCAUCAAUUACUCAAAUCAGGAGGUAGCGAAAUACUUGACAUUGGAUGCGGCGCAGGGUUCUGGACAACUGACAUGGCUGCAAAAUACCCCAUUUCGCACUUUACUGGCAUCGAUAUCGACAAGGAUAUCUUUCCUACUAGUGGAGUGACGAGAAACGUUAUCUUUCAACGAGUGGAUCUUUUGGAAUUACCGCUUCCUUAUGAAAACGAUACCUUUGAUUAUAUCUUUAUUCGGUGCAUGAUGGAUGUGGUUCCUGACGAGGAUUGGGAUGACGUACUCAACGAACUUGUGCGUAUCAUGAAAAAGGGUGGCUACAUUGAAUGCCUCGAGACAUACCCAGAUCUCUUUGAUACAGGGCCUGCCAUGUCAACCAUAAUGCAACUAGUGGUAAAUGCGGAUAAAUCUUCAUCGGAUGAGCCUGCCAGUAUGGUGCUGAAUCCAUUACCCAAUCGUAUGGCCGCUAUUAAUCAACUCACGGGCAUGCAAAUCAAACAUUUACAUACACCUGUUGGUCGUUAUGGAGGUGCCAUGGGCGCUCUAUUGCUGGAACAUUGGGUGCGCAUCAUUGAAUCAUCAAAGCAAAAAUGGAUCCAAAACAAAUUGAUUGGGGAGAAGCAGCUGGCUGCGACUCUUGAGGAAUUGCAACAAGAAGUGGACGUGUACCAGACAUACAUGUCUUGGUACUCUGUUGUAGCACAAAAGAAAGGAUACAAAGGACCAAUUAUCCGUGUCGAGGAUUAUGAUACACUUCAAUCGCAAGAAUAG